UGCUGAGUGUGAGGCGAGCCCUCCAGCGCCUGCCCACCAUGUCGCAGAUGCUGCACAUCGAGAUCCCCAACUUCGGGAACACCGUGCUCGGCUGCCUCAACGAGCAGCGCCUGCUGGGCCUCUACUGUGAUGUGUCCAUCGUGGUCAAAGGCCAGGCUUUCAAGGCCCACCGGGCCGUCCUGGCCGCCAGCAGCCUCUACUUCCGGGACCUGUUCAGCGGCAACAGCAAGAGCGCCUUCGAGCUGCCGGGCACCGUGCCGCCCGCCUGCUUCCAGCAGAUCCUGUCCUUCUGCUACACGGGCAGGCUGACCAUGGCGGCCAGCGAGCAGCUCGUGGUCAUGUACACGGCCGGGUUCCUGCAGAUCCAGCACAUCGUGGAGCGCGGCACGGACCUCAUGUUCAAGGUGAGCUCGCCCCACUGUGACUCGCAGACCGCCAUGAUCGAGGACGCCAGCUCGGAGCCCCAGAGCCCCUGCACCCAGCUGCAGCCGGCCGCCCCCGCAGCCCCCCCCUACGUCGUGUCCCCCUCCGUGCCCAUCCCGCUGCUGACCCGCGUGAAGCACGAAGCCACGGAGCUGCCGCCGGCCGCCGGCCCGGGCCUGGCCCCCAAGCGCCCGCUGGAGACGGGGCCCCGGGAUGGCACGACGGUGGUGGCGGGUGCCACGGCGGCGGGCGCAGCCCCGCUCAAGCUGCCCCGGGUGUCCUACUACGGGGUGCCCAGCCUGGCCACCCUCAUCCCCAGCAUCCAGCAGGUGCCCUACUCCCAGGGAGAGCGGACCAGCCCGGGGGCCAGCAGCCUGCCCACCACCGACAGCCCCACCUCUUACCACAACGAGGAGGACGAGGAGGACGACGAGGCCUAUGACACGAUGGCAGAGGAGCAGUUCGGCCAGAUGUACAUCAAGGCCACCGGCAGCUACGCAGUGCAAGAGAAGCCAGAGCCCGUGCCCCUGGAGAGCCGCUCCUGCGUCCUCAUCCGCCGUGACCUCGUGGCCCUACCCGCCAGCCUCAUCAGCCAGAUCGGGUACCGCUGCCACCCCAAGCUGUACUCGGAAGGGGACCCCGGCGAGAAGCUGGAGCUGGUGGCAGGCUCCGGGGUCUACAUCACUCGCGGUCAGCUCAUGAACUGCCACCUGUGUGCGGGCGUGAAGCACAAGGUCCUGCUGCGGCGCCUGCUGGCCACCUUCUUCGACAGGAACACCCUGGCCAACAGCUGUGGCACAGGCAUCCGCUCCUCCACGAGCGACCCCAGCCGCAAGCCUCUGGACAGCCGGGUUCUGAAUGCUGUGAAACUGUACUGUCAGAGCUUCGCCCCCAGCUUCAAGGAGAGCGAGAUGAACGUCAUCGCCGCGGACAUGUGCACCAACGCCCGCCGCGUCCGCAAGCGCUGGCUGCCCAAGAUCAAGUCAAUGCUGCCCGAGGGGGUGGAGAUGUACCGCACGGUCAUGGGCUCCUCGGCGGCUGGCGUGCCCCUCGACCCCGACUUCCCGCCCACCGCAGCGCAGGUGUUCGAGCAGCGCAUCUACGCGGAGCGGCGGGGGGACGCGGCCACCAUCGUGGCUCUGAGGACUGACGCCGUGAACGUCGACCUGAGCGCCGCCGCCCACCCGGGCUUCGACGCGGCCGAGGAGGCGGACGGGGCUGGCUCGGUCAUCCAGGAGGUGGCCGCGCCUGAGCCGCCGCCCGCCGCGGCCCCGAGCCCCCCGCAGCCCUUCGAGCAGGCGGGCGCGAGCUCCAGCCGGCCGCAGACGCCCGCGGCGCCCCGGAGACCGGAGGCGUCCUACCCAGGGACCUUGUAGAGGGGCCGCCGGGAGGCUCGCGGCCGGUACUAAAGCUGCUUGCAUGCAUUACUAAUACAAACAGAUGUGAUCAAGCCACUUACUACGGAACUGCUACUGUUGCCUGAAAAAAAUGUGAUUUUUAUCCUGCUUGUAUUUAAAGUUUAUGAAGGAAACA